UUGGUGAGAGUCAGUUCCGCAUGUGACUGAAGGAGGGAGACAGUGGGAGGCGCAAACUGCUCCACUGGUGUAAAAUCGAAAGUAACGUGGAGGAGGAAAUACCCGAAUCACAAGCGUCGUCAUGUCCAAGGCACUGAACCUGAGGAUCAGCCCGGAAGCUGCAGGGAAGGUGGAGAACGUCCAGCAGCACCUGCACCAUGAGGCAGAGAAACUCUUCUCCACUGUCAUCCCACAGAAGAUCACUCAGCUGGACGCUCUGCUCAAGGACAGUGCCUUGAACCUGGACGUGUCCUCGCUCAUGGCUCCGCUGGACAUCCCCAUUCCUGACCCUCCCUCAGCGGAGGAGGAAAUGGAGACCGACAAGAAUGAAGAGGGCGAGAAGAAGAAGAAGGCUCUGAAAAGUGGCUUCAUCAAGGGGAACGAGAAGAUCGUGUUGGCUUUGGACAAAGUGAAACCUGAGAUUGUUGCUUUCAGGGAGAUCCUCACCACAGUUUCCUGCUGGAUUCAACAUCUCGUCCCACAAAUAGAAGAUGGAAACGACUUUGGAGUCGCCAUUCAG